UCUUUUCUUUUUUUCCGUUAAUGUUUAAUUCCGAGAAUCCGUCUCCGACUUUGUGCAAUUAACCAGCUGGCAAUUUAAAAUGUGGUGAUAAUAUUUUUCAAAUCUCAAUCUCCCUCCAUCUCCUUCUGAGUGUGUAUAAGAUCUCCAAAAUCCAUAGUUUUGGCCUGCAAAGAUGGAGGCCAUACUUACAGAUAGUGUCCGCAACAGCCUCCAGCAACUAAUGCACCGAAACGCCAUUUUCAUGUGCGAGCGCCUCUGCGCUCAAUUUCCUUCGGAGAAAAAUCUGCAGCUGCUUGCUAGCUGUUAUUUGCAAAACAAUCAAGCACACUGUGCUUAUCACAUUUUGAAGGGAACACAUAUAGCUCAAUGCCGCUAUUUGUUUGCACUGGCUUGCUUCAAGAUGGAUCUUUUGAAUGAAGCAGAAGCAGCGUUAUCCCCUAAAGAAUCUUCUGCGGAGGUUCCAAAUGGAGCUGCUGGGCAUUUCCUUCUUGGACUCGUGUACAGGCAUACGGAUAGAAAGCAGAGUGCUAUCAAUCACUUCAAUCAGGCUCUAUCCUUGGAUCCAUUGUUGUGGGCUGCUUAUGAGGAGCUCUGUAUAUUAGGUGCUGCUGAAGAAGCAGCUUUAGUCUUUGACGAUGGAGCUUCUCUUUUUAUUCAGAAGCAAUACCUACAACGUGGUAUGGCUUCCCAUAGUUCGCAAGCAACAAAUGAGGGUCAUGAGAUUUCUUCAAACAGGACUUCAGUAUCUGAUGAUGUUAGUCCAAAGACAUUGAAGCACUCUUAUGGUAAUAACCUAAGAGAGAUAUCUGGGAACUGUUAUGGAACAGCUUCACAUCAGUUCCCACAUGGUGGUCCCACCAGCUUGCCAUUUUACCAUACUCCUUCCCCAAUGGCUACACAAGCACAGUUAUCUGGAGUUGCUCCACCUCCAUUAUGCAGGAAUGCACAACCAAAUGGUUCAAAUAUGAGAACAUAUGGAGCUGAUAUAUCCCAACGAGUAACCAUGAACUCUGCUGUUGCAGGCCCUAGAAGAAAAUUUGUAGAUGAAGGAAAAUUAAGAAAGGUAUCUGAGAGACUAUUUUCUGAUUCCGGGCAACGACGAAGCAUGAGACUUGCUGGAGAAUCUCUUAACGCAAAUUCAAAUACGUCGGUAGUUUCUGGGAACGGAACAAGCCACUCUUCUAAAUAUUUUGGGGGAUCCAAGUCAAACUCAGUGGUUUCACGUUCUUUGACAAUUCGAAAAAGUCACCCUUCUUCAAGCGAGAUUGCUUAUGAAGGUAACCAUCAUGAGGUGUAUGAUGAAUCUAGAUUAAAUUUCACUAGUUCGACCUCGUCACCAUGUGGUGAUAAUAGGAUUCUUGAACCAGAAGGAGCAACCAGAGUUGCAGAUGGUGCUUCUGUUAUUCUAGGUCUCCUAAGGCUUCUUGGGGAAGGCUUCAGACUUUCCUGUCUUAGCAGAUGCCAGGAUGCAUUGAACAUCUACAUGAAACUUCCACAAAAACAUUAUAAUACCGGAUGGGUGCUUUCUCAGGUUGGGAAAGCUUAUUUUGAAAUGGUUGAUUAUCUUGAAGCUGAUCGUGCCUUCAGUUGUGCACGCAUUGCCUCUCCUUACAGUUUGGACGGAAUGGAUAUAUAUUCCACAGUUUUAUAUCAUUUGAAAGAAGAUAUGAAGUUGAGUUACUUGGCCCAAGAGCUGAUAUCAACGGACCGUUUAGCUCCUCAAUCAUGGUUUGCUUUGGGUAAUUGCUAUAGCUUACAGAAGGACCACGAAACUGCUCUCAAGAAUUUCCAGCGUUCUGUGCAAUUAAAUUCAAGAUUUGCAUAUGCCCACACCUUGUGUGGUCACGAAUAUGUAGCCUUGGAAGAUUUUGAAAAUGGUGUCAAGAGCUACCAGAGUGCCCUUCGGAUUGACUCCAGACACUAUAAUGCUUGGUAUGGACUAGGGAUGGUAUAUCUCCGGCAAGAGAAGUUUGAGUUCUCAGAGCAUCAUUUCCGGAUGGCUUUCCAAAUCAAUCCGCUUUCUUCUGUCAUAAUGUCAUACCUCGGGACGGCUUUGCAUGCAUUGAGGAGAAAUGAUGAAGCUCUGGAGAUGAUGGAAAGAGCUGUAUUGGCUGAUAAGAAGAACCCUCUCCCUCGAUAUCAGAAGGCUAACAUCCUUUUGAGCAUGGAUAAUCUUGAUGGGGCCCUAGCAGUUCUCGAGGAGCUCAAAGAGUAUGCCCCAUGUGAAAGUAGUGUCUAUGCGUUAAUGGGUAAUAUUUAUAAGCGGAGAAAUAUGUUCAAUAAUGCCAUGCUUAAUUUUGGACUAGCAUUGGAUUUGAAACCAUCUGCAACCGAUGUCGCUCUUAUUAAGGCUGCCAUUGAAAAGUUGCACGUACCAGAUGAGAUAGACGAUGGUGACUCCAGUGAUUGAAUUGGUGAUGGUGGGAUGUGUUAACUUUAUAUGGUCCGUGGUGGUGAUCCUCAGCGAGUGGUCUGCUUGUGCUUUCGGGCCGAACACAAUAAUUUGUUCCCUGCAUAUAGAUUUCAUUGUUAUUCGAGGUACUGUCGGGACAUGAUGGUGCGGAGCAACUGAAGUUGUGUAUAGAAUGCAGGGGCAACCUCAAGUCCCAAGUGAUUUGUCGCUCAAAAAUUCAUGUACCCAACUCAACUGUGUAUCCCUUCAGAAUUCUGUUGUCUGAUUCAUUGUAACUCACCUCGACUGUAGUGCAUAAUGUAACUUGAAAUACACACACAUAUACUAGGAGUAAUAUGUAUCUUCCCUUUCCA